UUUCUUGAGGGAUGCCACAAACAGCCUUCCCUACUCCCUGCCAGAGCAGUUCCCUCCCUGAUGAGCUGGAGAAGGGCCCUCUGGCCUCCUGACAGUACAGGGAGGGCACCAGCUAGAUCCUCCCUUGUGGUGUGAGAUGUUCCUGGAACUCAGCCAGGCCCUCCUCCUCCUGGGCUUGCCCAGAGCCCCCACCCUAUUCCCAGCAUUGCCCGAAGGACCAACCAGUUUGGGUGAACAGUGGCCUCCUCAGCUUCCUCCCCAUCUGGGUGCCCCACCGGCGGCGGAGGGAGCUGUGGCGAUGGUGGGGUGUGGGGAGGGACGAGGAGGGAAGCCUCUGUGCUGCUCACCUGCCCAAAGCCCAGCUCAGCAGGUGCGCAGUGGAGGCGACAAGGAACCAAUCACAACUACAGAGGUUUCUCUGAUCCUCCUCCACUCCCGCUGCUUCAACUUGACUAAGCUUAAAAAAACUGCUUUUGCCAUGGCUCAUCGGAGUUUAUACUUAUUUCUUAGAAAAUGUUUCCUGUUAUUUGCUGGACAAGUCCCAAAGAACAGGCAGAUGUUCUUAUUAAAAGAUCAGCCUAUAAGAUUGGUCAGGACCAGGCGCCUCUGGCCACGUGCCUCUCCCCACCAGCACCUGCGGUCUGCGGUGGCACCUGGCAGCUGGACCACAGCCAGGAGAAGGGUACUAUUAGCCCUGCUUCAAACAUGCAGAAACUGAGGCCCGGGGAGAUUAAAUAACCUGCCUGAAAUGACAGUGAGUAGCUGCGCCUGGAUUUGAGUUCUGCUCUGGCCAAUCCCCAAGCUCCAGUCUGUCAGCCACCCCACUCUCCUACCUCCCAGAGGAGCAGGCUACACUCCUGCCGUCCUGGGCCGCCGGACACCCCCGCUGGGGCCGAUGCCCAACAGUGACAUCGACUUGAGCAACCUGGAGCGGCUGGAGAAGUACCGGAGCUUCGACCGCUACCGGCGCCGGGCAGAGCAGGAGGCGCAGGCCCCGCACUGGUGGCGGACCUACCGAGAGUAUUUCGGGGAGAAGACAGAUCCCAAAGAGAAGAUUGAUAUUGGGCUGCCUCCACCCAAAGUCUCCCGGACCCAACAGCUACUGGAACGGAAACAGGCCAUCCGGGAGCUUCGGGCCAAUGUGGAAGAGGAGCGGGCUGCCCGCCUCCGCACAGCCAGUGUCCCGCUGGAUGCCGUGCGGGCCGAGUGGGAGAGGACCUGUGGCCCCUACCACAAGCAGCGUCUGGCUGAGUAUUACGGCCUCUACCGAGACCUGUUCCAUGGUGCCACCUUUGUGCCCCGAGUCCCCCUGCACGUGGCCUACGCUGUGGGUGAGGACGACCUGAUGCCCGUGUACUGUGGCAAUGAGGUGACUCCAACCGAGGCUGCCCAAGCGCCAGAGGUGACCUAUGAGGCAGAAGAGGGCUCCUUGUGGACGUUGCUACUCACUAGCUUGGAUGGGCACCUGCUGGAGCCAGAUGCUGAGUACCUCCACUGGCUGCUAACCAACAUCCCGGGUAACCGGGUGGCUGAAGGACAGGUGACGUGUCCCUACCUCCCCCCCUUCCCUGCCCGAGGCUCCGGCAUCCACCGUCUUGCCUUCCUGCUCUUCAAGCAGGACCAGCUGAUUGACUUCUCCGAGGACGCACGCCCCUCACCCUGCUAUCAGCUGGCCCAGCGGACCUUCCGCACUUUUGAUUUCUACAAGAAACACCAAGAAGCCAUGACUCCAGCCGGCUUGUCCUUCUUCCAGUGCCGCUGGGAUGACUCCGUCACCUACAUCUUCCACCAGCUUCUAGACAUGCGGGAGCCGGUGUUUGAGUUCGUGCGGCCGCCCCCUUACCACCCCAAGCAGAAGCGCUUCCCCCACCGGCAGCCCCUGCGCUACCUGGACCGGUACAGGGACAGUCAUGAGCCCACCUAUGGCAUCUACUGAGGAGCCAGAGUGUGCGCACUUCAGAGCAUGGGAUUGAUCGGCAGCAAGAGUGAAGACACAGCUCCAGAGGCCCACACCGUGGGGUCUGGGCCCUGCCUUAGGCAGCCCCCCUCUUUGGCCCCCUCCCAUCAGGCCCAGGGCUUGGAGUGAAAGUGACUCUCAGGUGGUGGGGUGGGGAAUGUGAAUAAAGAUGAUUUCUUGCCGGG